CGUCCCCGCGGCUCCGCCUACCUACCUACCAAUACAAUCACCUCGCCUCGAAUCCGCUCCAUUGCAGUUGCAGCUACCUCAGGGCGCGCGCGGCCAUGGUGAAGCUUGCGACGGCGCGCGAGUGCCGCGCGUACAGCCUCGGCGCGGGGUCCGGCACGGCGUCGCGCAACCGGUGGGAGUACAUCAACGCCGGGGUGUACGUGUUCGCGGCGGUCCUCCUGGUGGCCGGGUUCCUGGCGCAGCUCCUCCUCGCGCCGUGGGGCGGCCGGGCGGGCCUCGUGGCGGCCGCGAUCGGGCUCGCCGCCGUGCUGGCCGUCAACGCGCACGACCUCCUGGCGCACGUCGCCGGCGUCGACUACCGCCUCGGGGUGGCGGCCGGGCUCGACGCGCAGCUCGCGCUCGUCGAGGUCGCCGUCCCCGUCGUGCAGAUCGCCGGCACCCUGCUCAUGCUCCUCGCCGUCGUCUUCUUCGAGAUCCAGAUGGAGAGAGGGUACCGUCACGGGCUGGCGAGGCACGGCCUGAACCUGCUGAUCGCCGGGCCGGCGCUCUGGUGCCUGGGCUCCGUGCACAACAUCUGCCAGGUGUACGAGCGCGCCAGCGGCCACGUCCAGCUCCUGCAGAAGAGCGUCCAGAUCCCGCUCCUGCUGGGGAGCACCCUCUUCCUCGUCGCCGGCAUCGUCAACCGCCACGACCGCCGCAGCCGCACCGCCGCCUUCUCGCUACUGGGGCGAAGCUGGGCGUGGUUCUGCCUGUCCGGGAGCCUCCUGUUCCUGGCCGGCGGCGUGCUGAACCUGCUCAAGGUGUUCAAGACGCAGCAAAUGGGCGGGCGCGGCAUGGAGAAGCUGCGCGGCGGCGCGCAGGAGCGGCUGGCCAUGGAGAGGGAGGGCAAGGUGCCGCUCAUCCUGGAGCACGGCGGCGGACGGAGGGGGGCCCGGGACCCGGGCUCCGUGGCCGUGCCGCCGCCGCCGCCGCACGGGUCCUACAAGGACGCGCUCGUCAGCAGCGCCAGCUAGGAACGAACAGCAAGCAGAUGCCAAUGGCAACACGCGCCAUGGGUGCGUGACGGGAAUAAGAAGAGAGGAUGCCGGCCGGAUGACGAUUUUCUGGAUUUCGCCAUGUAAAUUUUCUGGAUUUACGACGUCGAACUGUGCUAUAACUUCCCAAUUGUGAUCGAUCAUCACGGAUGGUUGAACGAACAAGCUUUACUACUGCUGUGGAUACGUGUUUAUGCGAAUAAUAAAACAGGCAUGCGCAUCUGACGUGUAC